AAGCGGAAACAUCAAAGAAAGGUUAUGUCAUGAUCAUGCCGACGAUGAUGAGGGUGGUGGUGCGAGUGCCAGCAGUUGUGCAUGGCAAAAUCAAUUUGCUAGAAAUAUACUUGUUGAUUUGCCUGUAAUUUCCUGCAUGCAGAAAAUAGCCGUAAAGUGUAACUAUAGUUUUUGUUGUUGUUGUUUUUUGGGGGUUGUUUUUGCCCUUGCAUUGAAUAUCAUACGGCUUUUCUUUUCCGUGGUGGAUGGAGAGUCCUUUUUGGUUCUGUUCACUUUUGAGUGCUUUAGUUGCGCCAUCCUGGGAUCUGUUGACUGAAGGCUUAUGUGGAAUCAAGGCAGAUGCUCUGGGGUUUUAAGUGCACGUUUGAAAUAACUGCAAACAAAAAAAGAGAGGGAGGGGCUAGUUCAUCUAAGUAUGAUCUGUGCAUUAAGUGCCAUCAGCAACAUUUCUCAUUGCAACGAUUUGAAAUAAUCAGAAUUUGUUUAUAGUUGUUCCGUCGGGGAACAUGUAGUAGUUCAUCAUUUUAUAUAUAUUAAAAAAAAAAAGAGCUGAAGAUUGUGUGCGCGUCAGGUAUAAUAUCACUAGCGGGGAAAGUAAAAGGAUUACCAAAAGGAUUGGCCUGCAGGAAUAAUGUGAAUGCCGUCAUGCCAUUUGGGUGCCUUGCGCUGCGAGAUGGGCAGACUUAUGAUAGCAUAUCCGAUGUGACAGACAAAUAUGAAAUUGGCCAUGUUCUCCGAGCAAAGGAGUUCUGUGAGCUGUGCCUGGCUAGGGACAGGCAAACCAACAAAGUCUUUGUCUGCAAGAAGUUUCUCAAGAAAGAUGGCAGGAAAGUCCGCAAGGCCGCCAAGAACGAGAUCAUGAUCCUAAAAUUGGUCAACCACCCAAACAUCCUUCAACUCAUAAAUACAUUUGAGACCCGGAAAGAAUACUACAUCAUCCAGGAACUGGCCACGGGGGGAGAUGUCUUUGACUGGAUUCAGGACCAAGGCAAUUACACAGAGAGAGAUGCCUCCAACGUCAUCAGACAGGUGCUGGAGGCUGUGGCAUACUUGCACUCUCUCAACAUUGUCCACAGGAACCUGAAGCUGGAAAACCUCAUGUACUACACAGAAAACAACCACAACAAAGUAGUUUUGCGAGAUUUCUAUCUGUCAAGAUUUGAGAAUGGCCCCAUCACAGAACCCUGUGGCACACCAGAAUACUUGGCACCUGAAGUAGUCGCUCGUCAUCGAUAUGGCCGACCUGUGGACUGCUGGGCUGUGGGUGUCAUUAUGUUCAUACUAUUAUCAGGGAACCCUCCUUUUUAUGAUGAGACAGAAGAGGAAAACACAGAUCUACAUAAUCGCAUCAUUUUCUGUCGAAUUGUUGCUGGUGAUUUUGAGUUCGAUUCUCCGUACUGGGAUGACAUUUCCCCUGCAGCUAAAGAGCUCGUCUGUCGACUCAUGGAGGUGGACCAGAUGCUGAGAAUCACAGCACAAGAUGCGCUUUGGCAUGAAUGGAUUGCAGGUAACGGUGCAUCUGAGAAGAAUCUUAAGGAUGGCGUCUGUGCCCAAUUUGAGAAGAACUUUGCAAAGGCCAAAUGGCGGAAGGCGAUCCGUGUCACCACUUUUAUGCAACGUCUGAAGAACUCUGAGUCAGUUAUCGACAGUUCAGCUGAGGUGCAGCGUGGGGAAGAUGCAGGGGAAGUAAAAGGAGGGCUGGCCGAGCUUACAAGUGAUGAGGAGGGGAUAACAAGUGGUGUACCUUUAGAGGUUAUGGUUGAAAAUAGGCCACCGGACAUACAGGAAGUCGAAAAACAGCAGGCAGUAGAGGUGCAUCUUGAGGUUGGAGCAUCCCCAUCCUGCGAUAAGAUAACAAAGAAAGUGCAGGAUGGUCAAAGCAGGAAAACAGCCGCCAAUUUGGAUGAAAACAUAGCAUCUAAAAUAACACCCACAACAACCACGGAACACACCAGCCUGACAGACAAGAAACUGAUAUGCAGCUCUCCUGAUCCCAGCAACAAGCGUAAAAUGACUGCAACACUUCAUGGCCUUCCACCCACAGCCUCGGCUAACGCCACACAGAAGGGUGGAAAUGACAGCAGCUGGUGUCAGACACAACUGCCAGAGGCGGUGGCAGAGAGUUCGGUGGGAACAUCAGCCACUACGGCAAUUGCGCCGGGAGCUGGGGCAGAUGUGGGUCAAGGUGUUCGUUUAAGGGGUGAAGCAAGUCCCAUGUUGAGGAGGGACAGGGACGCCAAGAAAACAGACCGAUAUAGUGCGGAGUUUAAUAUUGCCAGAGAAAGUCCUGCAGCAGGUCACGGUUGCUAUGCAAUUGGCAGCUCUGCUAGUUUGGGCCGGCACGCCACACCGUACAAUAGAGACAUUGGGACCGUAGGCAUGGGGAUGGCAGGGCCCUAUGGGAGUCCAUAUAGCACCUUGUAUGCAAGUGGAAGAAGUGUGGGGAUGUAUGGGACCGGGUUACAUCACGGAACAGUGAGCAGCAGUACCACAAGCGACUGGCAAAUGGACAGUGUGAUUGAGCAGAUAGAGAAGCAAAUGGUGGCAGUGCUGGAGAAGAUUGAAGGAGACAUGCCCUCGUUGUUGGAGCAAAUCAGCGACUGCCCUCCUGAACCACUACGCAUCCGCAGCACACACGCCUCGCCUGCCAUCUCUCGGGCCCGCACCUCACAUCACACCUCUUCAGAAACCUUGGCCACACCGCCGCCUCUUCCGACCUCCCCCAGGCCCGCGCUGCCGUCUCUCCCACGCCUUGCUAUCCCUUCUGCUUCCUAUCCUCCACCCUCCCCACCUUCUCAAGCCUCAGUCCAGGCUGCAGAACAAGAGUGUGGACAGAGUGGGACUGAAUGUUCUGGACUUUCCUCCAGAGCUGGGAUGGCCAGACGGUUAUAAAAUAGGUGGGAAUGAUCAAAACCAAAACAUGUCACAGUUCAGGGUGUACCCCACUUACUGCCCAAACACAGCUGGGAUAGGCUCCACUCCACCUCGUGACCCUUGUAAGGAUACGCGGAAAUAGAUGGAUGGGUACAUGUAUGCGUGCAUUAUAUGCUCACUAAACAACUUCAUCAUUCUGGAAUCAAUGCGCUUUAAGAAGGUUGAUGAAAAUGCACAGCAUGGGAAGAAAAGUACAAAAACAGAAAUGACAAACCACAAUUUGAAUGAUGUCCUGCAAACAUGUAAAUACAUUUACUGUAACUGGCUUUCCAACUCUUGUUAUUCUGUGUUGUAAUCUUACUCAUGUCCAAACGCCUUUUAACGUCAUUAAUCAAGCACUGCCAGUCCUACUUUCGUCCUUUUUAAUGGUAGCACUACAUUUAAGAUGCAGGUCAAAUUUGCAGCCAACUAGACUGAUGAAACCUUAUCACUGCAAUAGAGAUUUGUUCUAAAUACCCCUUGAUCCCUUGAAAACACCCUGUCAAAGUUAUCCAAAAAUCUUGAUUAUAUGUUGGGCAGAAAGAGAUCGACUUAUUUUACUAUCACAAAUGUAAAAGUGAUGUACAUUUUAUUCUGGCUUUUUUGGCUCUGUUACCAUGUUACUGUAUGUGCUCUUCUCUGGUGUCCGUCUCUACCCAUUGUAAAAUGUAUUGUGUCUGUAAGCCUUUCAAGAAAAAUAAAAUGUCAAAUCAUCUUUA